CACCGUUCGUCCAGCAGCGCGUCGCUCGUGUGUUUUAGCGUCGCGCGUUUGAUGCCUAUUGUAGGGGGCAUUUAAUCGUUCGGACGCCGUUCGUUGUGGACGGUUGAGCUAGACGCUGCGUGACCCCGACCCAAGGCACAUCCGCUCCAUUGAACUGACCGUCACGUUUCCUGCCAUGGACCGUACUGAUUACGAUACGGCGUUCAGCUGCCCGGUCUGCCUGGGCCCGAGUCAGAGCAUGGUGUUUGGCAUGUGCCAGCACUUCGUGUGCUCGUCGUGCUUGUACGACCCCGUGGAGCAGAAUUUGAAUCCUGCGCUUCGCUGUUGCCCCAUGUGCAAAGCCAAGAAUGUCUUUCCGGAGUACUGCCCUGACAUUCCGGACGCUAAUAAAAAGCUCAUGAACAUAGCCGGCGUUGUCAAGUGCACUCGGAAACGGUGCGGAGAAGAAAUGUGGACUUGGGAGGCUAAGCAGCACGAAAAGUCUUGUCGCGGCCUCUCGAGGCGGUCCUCGGGACGAUGCACCGGCUCCCCAGGAAAGGCAAGCACCAGCCGGAAAGCCAGCACCCGCCAGAGCAAACGCAAGAGGAGCAAGAGCACAGUCUCUGUCAGGGACUAAGGCACUCGACGCAGCACUAUGCCUGUCUUGCUUAAUUUUUUUUAUUUUAUUGGUUCUUCUGCAGAAGUGUACCUGGAAAAGGAGCCAGGAGCUCUUCUCUGCGUUUUUAAAAAGAAUACUCGAACAGUAUUUUAUUUUAUAUAUGUGUGUACAAAAAAUUUUGUGGCAAUGAAUGUUUUAUGAAUGACGGUUUGUGUUUAUAUUAUUUUAUUCUUGAACAAACAUCCUUUAUUAUAUACUUGAUGAAAUAAUAAUGCGCUCACAAGCGCUACAUUAUUUGCGUCCUUAGUGUAUGAUAUGCGAAAUGUUCAAGCCCCGAACGAUCAUGGAUGUCAGAGGAUGCUUUUGACCGCAAACGCCUUGAAAGUCGUCGUAAGCCAUGUCAAAGAGUGCGACGCCUGUUGUGAAGUUUGCCUGAAAAAUAAAAGCGA